CGGCGGAGCCAGGGGCACACCCCCUCCGCCUCCCGACCGUCCGUUCGUCUGUCCGUCCGUCCUCCUCGCAGCGCCCGCCGCCCCCCGCCCGCCCGGGGCGCGCAGCCCAGGGACGCCGCGGGGGUGAUGCCAGAAGGAGCCCGGCAUGCCGUACCUGGACCGACAGAACCGGAUCUGUGGCUUCCUGGACAUCGAGGAGAAUGAGACCUGUGGCAAGUUUCUGCGGAGGUAUUUCAUCCUGGACACCCAGGCCAACCACCUCCUGUGGUACAUGGACAAUCCUCAGAACCUGGCCAUUGGAGCAGGUGCUGUCGGAUCCCUGCAGCUGACCUAUAUCUCCAAGGUUAGCAUUGCCACCCCAAAACAGAAGCCUAAAACUCCGUUCUGCUUUGUUAUCAACGCUCUCUCCCAGCGCUAUUUCUUGCAAGCCAGUGACCAAAAGGACCUGCAGGACUGGGUGGAGGCACUGAACAGGGCCAGUAAGAUCACGGUGCCAAAGGGUGGCAGCGUCCCGCCGGCCACAGAGAUCACAAAGCCUCCAGUGGUGCCCCAGGCCCAGGAGAGGAAGCCCCAGGUGGCCUACAAAACUGAGAUUGUUGGGGGGGUGGUGGUCCACACGCCCAUCUCCAUCAACCAGGACGGGGAGGGCAGCGAGGUGGGCACACACCCUCUGCUGAGGCGCUCACAGAGCUACAUCCCCCCCUCGGCCACCAAGCCCCCAGCCGGGCCAGCCCCGCUCAAGAGCGGCUUCUGUGUCAAGCAGGGCAAUGUGAGGAAGAGCUGGAAGCGGCGGUACUUUGUUCUGGAUGAGUUUUCCAUCAGUUACUACAAGUGUGAGCAGGACAAGGAGCCUUUGCGUUCGAUUCUCUUGAAAGAUGUUUGCAAGACCCACGAGUGCCUGGUCAAGUCUGGUGACCUCCUGAUGCGAGACAACCUUUUUGAAAUCAUAACGAGCUCCAGGACCUUUUACAUCCAGGCAGACAGCCCCGAGGAGAUGCACAGCUGGAUCCGGGCAAUCACAGCCGCAGUGCAGGCCCUGAAAACCCGCCCCAGGGAGAUGUCCUUUAUGAGAUCCACCUCCGUGGCCAGGCCCGGCGGCGCCUCGGGCCCCUCACAGGCGCGGCCGUCGGCGGAGGAGCGGCGAUCCUCGUGCAGGGCGCCCUCCACGAGCUCCUGGCAGCCCUGGACGCCGGUGCCGCGGGCCGAGGGGCAGCAGCCGGGGCUGGGGGCGCUGCCAGCCCCGCUCAGGGACUCCUCGGGGUUGGUGCCGGCGCUGACGGAGCGCCAGGCCGGGCCCGGCACGCGCCUGCGGCACCGCUCCGAGCCGCAGCCCCUCAAGGAGAAACCGUUCGCCUUCGACCUGGACGAUGAAAGCAUCCGGACCUCUGAUGUCUGAGCCUCCCCGGGGUCCCUGUGGGGCGGUUUGGGGCAUGCAAAGUGCUCCCUUCCCUCCGGCACAGCCUUUCCCUGCGAUGCAGGAUCUGUCUGCACACACCCUGCUCUGCGGGGUGUGGGGUCCCUGGCUGCUCCUGCCCAGGCCUGGCCCCGCUGGUUCCACGUUUGGAAGGUGCUUCUUGGCGCUGCUGGCGCUCGCUGUGCAGGGCAGGAGGUGCUGGGGACCAGCACGAGGGGACAUCUUCUGCAAUUGCAUUGUUUCCCCCACAAACCAGGUCUGGAGGAAGUGGCAGGAGGUUUUGAAGGCGUGACACGGGGAGUGUGGCCUUUCUUGUGUUUGUAAAAUGUUUCUCUCCUCGUUUCUGCUGCUCAGACUCCCCAGGGCAGAGCUGGGAGCCACCAGCUUGCAGCUGCCCACACAGGGGACUCACUGCAGCUUCCCCUUACAGUGACUUAUUCCCUCAGAGACCGGAUCUUCCCACUGCCCACACAAAGGUUUAUCAGCAAUCUGCUGGCUUUUAAUUAUGUCUCUUUAUACCUGUGGCUCCUGUUGGACCCAGCCUGGGCAGGUGCUCAAGCCCUCCAAAGGCUUUUGGUACUUCCUGAGCAUGAGCCAGGGCAGGCAGCCGGAGCAACAGUGGCUCCCAGGUGGGAGCAUCCUCAGGUGUGACGUUGGUUUGGCACUACUCACACCUGGGCACAGGUAGCUGUGCCAGAUGGUGAAGGGCUUUUAGUAAAAAGCAAUGAAAACCAGCCCUGAUGGAGCUGGGCAGACUUGUCCGGCCAACUCCCUCACUGCCUGCCCGAGAUGGAAAGCAGCAGGAGUUUCUAGAGCAAUGUGAAUCGUCGUUUCCAUAACCAAAUGAGCUCCUGUAGGUGUGAUAAAUAGUGUGUAGAAAGUUCAGGUGUUCCCUUGGUGGAGAUCUGAUACCUUCACCCCACAAGUGUGUGCAAUCCCCGCUUGCCGAGCCAGAACUCAGCUCCCCUUUCACUUCCCUGGCUGUGACACAUGCUCUGCUCUGCAAGCUCAGCCCAGUGUGUUCCCCAGGAGCAGAACAUCUGGGCUGUCCCAGCCCUUUUGGGGCCUCCAGCUGUUUGACAGCUGUGCCUGAGCCUUGAUUAGCCUGACUGACCUCAAUGUGAUGCCAGUUGUACCUUCCUGCCUCAGUCCCCGUGGGGCUGCUGUGGGGUGGGCAUGGCACAGGUACCUCCCUGCUGCUGGGGAAGGCAGGAAUGGGGUCCCUCAAGUUCAGGAGGAAGAAAGUCUCAAAGGGGAUUUUGUGCUGAAGAACACAGACACCGUGAAAAUGAGUGGGAAUCAGUGCAAACGGUACAGGGGCGAGUGUUAAUGUUAUUUAAUUGUAGCUACCUAGAUCCUGCUGUUCCUUUUUCUGCUCCUUUUUGCUUUGUUUGCACUAGAGUUUGAAACUUUCAUUUUUUUAGGCUGACUUGCUGUUUGGCUCCUAACACUGUUUCAAGAAUGUUUUAGUAGUUUUGGCAAGCCCAUCCAUCAGAGUUGCAGCGUUGUGAUCUCAGUUUUGGAGAGCAGGGAACGCAGAGGGAUGAUGGUUCUUUUGUGCAAGGCCUUGGAACCACAGACUCCUGAGUAUUCCUGGUGCUGGAUAAUUGCACAGUUUCCUCAGGCCUGGGAAGGUAAAGCAGAGGAUUGUUGCACAAUUAAGGUAAUUAUCCAGGAGCAGAAACUACCAGUGGCUCCAGCAAUAUUGCAACAUUCCUCUUGCUGGUUCCCACCCUCCUGCAUCCCUAGGACAGCAGAGAGGCUGAAGGUGAGGUUCAAACAAGUGUGGAGCUCAGCUGGGCUCCAGAGCCAUCCAGAGCACAGCUGGUGUUGGGAGGGAGGGAUUUCCCUCCUGUUCCAAAGUGCUGGGUGGGUGCAGCCAGACCUCGAUGGAGCUUUGUGGUUAUUUUAAAGCAAACUGGUUUCUCCUCAGCUCUGCGUUUGCUCCUGGCAUCCCCCUGGGACUGCUCCCUCCUGUGCUCUGGGGCUUUGCUGGGGGUGCUGCAGAUUCGGGGUGCCUUGUGGAGGGCAGAGCAGUGGGAGAGAGGGGUUUGCUAUUCCCACGUGGUUCCAGAAGUUUCUGGAAGUGCUGGCUGGGGAUUCCAAGUGCUCUUAGGGCUGGGGCAGUGCUCGUGACUCCUGGGGUGGGGGCUCCCUGCCUCCCACCCCUCGCCUGUACAUGCUGCAAUGCCCUUUCUCCCCUGUGUUUUUAAAUAAAGAAGGAAAUCCCAGUUA